CCCGGAAGUAAAAGCGGCUAAUUUGCCUAUUGUUGCUGGAGGCAAAUGAAAUUGAGAUGUUAGAGACUCUGCUUGUUCCAGUAGAGAAGAGGAGUACUACAUUCUAAAAAGAGCAGCUGCUUUAAGGCGUGCAGAGGCAGAGAUGCAGCUGCAGGAUGUGGAGGAUGUGCUGCACAUGCAGCUGCAGGAUGUGGAGGAUGUGCCCAGUCUCAUCUCAGAGGCUUUGUGGUGUGAUGGAGAAGCUCAGCACACAGAUCAGACUGUGUUAAAGCUGUGUGCAGUGAAACUGGUGGACUUCAGGAAGAUACAGAGACUGAAUUCUAAAAUAAUAUCAGAAGAACAUCUUCUUACUGGAGAUAAAUCCAGCAUGCUUGAUGCAGACCAGGAGACACUGCAGGCUCAGUUAAAGAUGAGUUCAGUGAGACUGGUGGAUUACAGAAAAGCAAACGCUGAGGCUGAACCUCAAGAUGAGGCUUAUGAUCAUGAAUACAACAGCAGUGAUUUUAUAUCUUCCAGUAAAUCCAGCCGGUUUGAUGGAGACCAGCAAACACUGCACGCUCAGUUAAAGAUAGGUUUGGUGAAACUGGUGGACUGCGGAAAAAUACAAAGCAGAAAAGCAACAGCUGAGGGCGAACCAGAGGACAGGGCUUAUGAUCAUGAAUACAAAAACAGCGGUUUUAUUUCUUCCAUUCCAGAUCAAUCCAGCAGGUCCACUGGAGACCCGAAGACACUGAAGGAUCAAUUAAAGAUGAGUUUGGUGAAACUGGUGGAUUGUGGAAAAAUACAAAGCAGAAAAGCAAUAGCUGAGGGCGAACCAGAGGACGGGGCUUAUGAUCAUGAAUACAAACACAGCGAUUUUAUUUCUUCCAGUAAAUCCAGCAUGUCUGAUGGAGACCACCAAACGUUGCAGGCUCAAUUAAAGAUGAGUUCGGUGAGACUGGUGGAUUGCAGAAAAAUACGAAACAGAAAAGCAACAGCUGAGAGUGAACCAGAAGAUGAGACUUAUGAUUAUGAAUCCAAGAACAAUGAUUGUAUUCCUUCCAGUAAAACCAGCAGGUUUGAUGGAGACCAGCAAACACUGGAGGCUCAGUUAAAGGUGUGUUUGGUGAGACUGGUGGAUUGUGGAAAAAUUCAAAGCAAGAAAGCAACAGCUGAAGGUGAACCAGAAGACGGGGUUUAUGAUCAUGAAUCCAGCUACAGCAAUUUUGUUUCUCGCAGCGAGUCCAGCCAGUCAUCUUCUGAUCAAGAGGAUGGAAAUACUUCACAAGAACAAAUGAUCAAAAGAAAGUCCCCCAGGAAAGUAAAGUUUGUGAAGAACUCCUAUGCAUUACAUCUUUCAGGCAAACAUAUUGCACUUUGUAAGGGACAAAGGGUGUAUCGGUCCAGUAAGAGAUCCAGUAGUUCAUUAAACUUUGGAAGACAUCAAAGAAGAGAAGAGAAGCCUUACCAUUGCACACAGUGUGGGAAAGAGUUUUCACAGCGAUCACAGCUGCGGAGACACCAGAGAGUGCACGCUUGUGAGAAGCCUUACCAGUGCACAUAGUGUGGAAAUACGUUUCACAGGGAUCAGAACUGCGGGAGCACCAGAUUAAAGAUUACACACCAGAGUAAAGCCGUACAAGUGCUGUCAGUGUGAUCAGACAUUUCUUCACUGUUCAGAUCUUAUAGUCCACCAAAGAAUGCACAGAGGGCACAAGCCUUACCACUGUGAUUCCUGUGGAAAACUGUUUACACAAUCAGCACAUCAACUCUCAGUGCAGCUCAGACUCAAUCAUAGCAUCGUACAGUUUAUAAACUAUUGCACCCUGGACAGAAGCCUUACAGCCACCUCACCUGCCAGCAAAGGAUUCAGAACAACCAGCCACCUUAAGCUGUACCAGAGGAUACACACUGGGGAAAAGCCAUGCUGCUUCUCUGUGUGUCCCACAGCCUCAAAGCGCAUCUGAGAUACACUCUAGAAAGAAGCAUUAUUAGUGCUCUAAAUGCUUCUUAUAGGCAGCUGUAAAUAUAAUGAGCACAUACCCCUUCGAGUCGAGCAUUUACUUUGCUCUUGCUGAACUGUCCUGUUAAUGAAGGUCGCAUCGGUGACACAUGGUCAUACUUCCUGUUUUGGCACCCUUCAGUAGAAUGGGCAAAAUUAUUGCAUGUUCAAUUAUUCAAAUUUUUACUUUCAAAGAGUAGAAGAAACAGUUAGUGAUUAGUCUAACAAAAAAUAAUUAUCUUUUUUUUCUGUAAUUUUAUUUCUAAAACAUAUGCAAACAUAUUGUCAUGUCAUCAUUAAGCAGAAUCACUGCCCCCAAAUGUUGAAGCUCAAAGCACCACCCGUUAGAUGCUAUUCAUUUUAUAUAUUCAUUUUUGCUUUUUUUUGAAUGAAUGUGAAUUGCCUUCUUGGCAUUAUGGGUGCAAUGAAAUGUCCUGUAUGGUAUUCCAUGAAGCAACCUUUUUUUAAAACAAAACAAAACAAAAAAAAAACAGGCUUAUUUGAAAUAGUCUCACUUAAACUAGCCAGACAAGUGACGACUUCAGGCUCCGUGCAUUCCACUAACAAACUCCAGACCUGUACUUAACCUGUUCUUAAUCUUAACUGCAGUGAAAUCAAAGAAAUGGCUUGAAAUAUGAGUGCAAGUAUACUCUUUGAUAAACGGAAAUGACCUGCAACAGAAGUGAUUAAAGAUGGUUGGGCAAUCUGACAGACUCUCAAGCCAAC